GCUGCUGCAGACAGUCGUUCCAUGAGUGAUCCUGGUUCGAUUGCUUCAGCCUGGUUACUAACGUUCUUCUCUCGAUUGCUUCCGGCUGCUCAUUGACCCAAAAUGGCGGCCACUCCAGCUACUAACCCCUCUCAGCUUCUUCCUCUGGAGCUUGUGGACAAAUGUAUCGGCUCCCGAAUUCACAUCGUCAUGAAAACCGACAAAGAAAUCGUCGGCACCCUGCUGGGUUUCGACGACUUUGUCAAUAUGGUCCUGGAAGAUGUGACAGAAUUUGAAAUCACACCAGAGGGACGGAGGAUAACCAAACUGGACCAGAUCCUCCUCAAUGGCAAUAAUAUCACCAUGCUCAUACCCGGAGGAGAAGGUCCUGAAGUAUGAGACAAGAAGCAUCAUGCAUCAGGCUGAGAUGUUUGUGUUGUGGAUUAAUGUCUUUCCUAUGUUGUGUUCCUUAGUUGAUUUUGUUGUUUUUUGGAUCAUUCCUUCUUGAUCUUGAGUGAGGAAAAUAUUUUUGUAAGAUUCCUAAUUGAGUAUUUGUUAUAAAAAAAAAGGUUAAAUUAGAAGUGUAUCAUGAAUCACACGUGACAAAAAAAUGUUUUUUCUUUUUACAAAUAAAUGAGAAUCUCUUUUUUUUGUUUGAAACAA